GUCCCACUCAGUCACCUUAUAAACCCGUCCUGACUGCACUGUACUUGUCAGUACCGACCCUGCAGCCGUGAGGACCCGUGUCGCCGUGAGUCACUGUACAGUACACUUUAGAGAUCUUUGGAGCAUCAGCAUAUCUCGGAGUUUGACCAACAUGACGACUAUAGCCGGAUCUCAUCUGACACAAGAAGUGAGAGAGAAUGGGAAGUAUUCUCCCCGUACCUACAAGUGCAGCUAUUGCGACAAGGAGUUUCGCUUCAAAAGUAAGCUCAACCAACACCUGCGAACUCACACUGGUGAGAGACCAUACCAGUGUGGUGAAUGCGGCAAGCGGUUUGCUCAACUGGGAAAUCUGAAGACACACAUUCGGACUCACACAGAGGAAAAACCGUACCGAUGUCAGGAGUGCAGCAAGCAGUUCAGCUACCUGAGUUAUCUAAAACGACACAUUCGGACUCAUUCUGGUGAAAAACCGUACAAGUGUGAACAUUGCAACAAAAGCUUCAGUCGGUCAACUCAUCUGAAGACUCACAUGCGGACUCACACAGGGGAAACCCCGUACAGAUGCGAGGAGUGCAGCAAAAAUUUCGCUAAUUUGUCAAAUCUAAAGGAUCACAUGCGAACCCACACUGGUGAAAAGCCGUACAAGUGUGAACAUUGCAACAAAGACUUCAGUAAGUCAAGUGAUCUAAAGAGGCACAUGCGGACUCACACAGGCGAGAAACCUUACAAGUGCGAGGCUUGCAGCAAGCAGUUUAGUCAGCUGGAUACUUUGAAGACACACAUCCGAACCCACACAGGCGAGAACCCGUACAAGUGUGAACAAUGCAGCAAGCAGUAUGCUGAUCUAUCAAAUCUAAGGCGCCAUAUGCGGACUCACACAGGUGAAAAACCUUACAAGUGCGAGGCGUGCAGCAAGCAUUUUACUCAGCUAUCAAAUCUUAAGAGGCAUAUGCGGACUCACACUGGUGAAAAGUGCAGCAUACACUCACAGUUUAUUUAGUUGUCGAAUCUGAACACAUACAUAUACAUGUAUGCAGAAACACUCUGGUAAUGAACUAGAAGUAGUGUGUAAUUGUGACUGCUUGAAAUGGUUAGAAACGUUCAUUUAACGUAAUGUGGCACUUAGGUACCGGGAGUUAGUUCGCGUUGUUUGGCGAUUGUAACUUUUCAUUUAACAGUUACUGUGUUUUAUUUACUUGAAUUGCUAAAUGUCUAAUUGUCACUUUAUAUUUGACUGACUGCAAAUAUAACAAAGCGUUUAGUAUCAGUUGUAGCCAACAUUUAACUGUAUAUGCAUCAAGGUGAUGCUAGAUAGUGUUUGCCUAUACUAGUGUGCAGUAGGCUGCUAGAGAUUUGUAAUCCAGUUUCGUCAAUAAAUUUAAAACACGGUA